CAAAGCCCACGCCGUUUGACUGACGGCUUGAUCCUCCCGGCACAACGUCCACGCUGCACUCGAAGGCUGGAGCACUUAUAAAUACCGUCAACUCCCGGAGCCACGCAGCUUUGGUUCAUCAAGUUUCGACUCACUUCAUUCCGAAAUCUUAACUUCAUCUUGUCUUGAAACCGCCGUUCAAGAGCCUACCGAGACGCAUAACCCUAGCCCUUGUCUCCCUAAGUCGUCAAACAUGGUCCAGACCCUCACCACCCAGAUUGAAAUCGCCGCUCCCCCAGAAGUGGUGCGAUCAGUGUUUCUCGACUUUGACCAGUACAAAGAAUGGCACCCGUCGUGGCUGUCCAUCGCCGUGGUCGAUCCCGCCAAACGACCAGCCGACCUACAGCCCAAAGACGUGCUGAAGGUCGGCCUGAAGACUUAUUAUUUCAACCCGACCGUGGUAGAAAACACGCCGAGUUGCUUCUCGUGGCUGGGUAAUCUGUACGGGCUACUGCUUGGGACGCACCAGUUUCACUUCACGCCGAGCGAACAGACGCCCGGCGGCACGACGCUGGUGCAUAAGGAAGACUUUUCGGGCGCCAUCGCCUUCAUGUUCCGCUCGGGCUGGAGCGCGGCCAAGUCGACAGGCGGCAACUUUGAGCAGUUCAACCAGGAUCUGAAGGCUGCUGCCGAGAAGGUGGCGCACUAGGCUGGUUAGAAAUAGGGGGGUUGACCGUGGCAGCGGUGUCCG